UUUUUUCUUUAUUUGCAGUUCAAAGGUCUACAAUGUCCUUCCUCGGUCGACUGCAGUAGAAGAAGAGGUGCUCGUAUUGGUGAUGAAGGCCUCUUUGCUGUAGGAGGUGCUGGGAGUUUCCUCGACGGAGCUGCAGGAUGCAGAUCCUGGUUGCCAAGCUGCUCGGCCUGCUAGGGCUGUUUGGCCUCAUGCUGGCGGGAGUGCUGGUCCCAGUGCGCCUCCUGGUGGUCGACUCCAACAAGGCACACAGGUACAGGAGGGCUCUGUCUCUCUGCAACUCGUUCAGUGGCGGUGUGUUCCUGGCCACCUGCUUCAACGCCCUGCUGCCUGCAGUCCGAGACAAGGUGGCCGACGUGUUUCAGCAGCUGCACAUCGACAGCGAGUACCCUCUGGCCGAGACGACGAUGAUGAUUGGUUUCUUCCUCACAGUCUUUGUAGAACAAACGGUCCUCACGUUCAGGAAGGCGAAACCGUCCUUCAUCACCCUAGAGACGUUCAACGCCGGCAGCUCGGAGGCCGGCAGCGACUCGGAGUACGACACGCCCUUCAUCUCUUCCACGCCGGGCUCUGCGGGUGGCAACAGCCACUCCCACGGACUGCAGCAUGUCCACUUCAACCCGGCAGAAUUAGCUGGGGCGGGGCCUUUGCGGCUGGCCAGCCUGCUCCUGGCCCUGUCGGCGCACUCUGUCUUUGAAGGCCUGGCGUUGGGUCUUCAGGAGGACUUAGCCAAGCUGGGCGGUCUCUUCCUGGGUGUUGGCGUCCACGAGUCACUGGCUGCAGCGGCCUUGGGUGUGAGCAUGGCCAAGGCGGCGCUCAGCAUGAAGCAUGCCACCAAGCUGGCGGUUACGGUCAGCCUGAUGAUUCCUCUGGGCAUGGUGGUGGGCAUGGGCAUCGAGUCAGCUCAGACCCUGGCAGGCAGCGUGGCGUCAGUGGUGCUGCAGGGCCUCGCCGCUGGCACGUUCCUGUUUGUUACCUUCUUCGAGAUUCUCUUCCAUGAACUUGAGGACAAACAAGACCGGCUGCUCAAAGUGCUGUUCCUCAUCCUGGGCUACACCGUGCUCGCCACGCUUAUCUUCAUCAAGUGGUGAGCACACGAGUCACCAUGGAAAUGAGCACUGCAGCAAUACCAAAAGAAGCCUGCUCUGCCCUUUCUGCUUCCAUGGUAACACUCCAAUUAUCAGCUGCUUCCUCAGGGGGUGUGGCUCUGUGAUUCACUGUAGUUUCAUCAGUGGUUCAGUUAUUAAGUGGUUAUUAAUCAGUUCUGUUUCUUAAAACCGGGUUUUUAACAGCACAUUGUGUAUCUUCAGGCAGGUUAGCGCCCUCUAGUACAGCAAAUUGGAUAAACACUCAAGCAGCAGUUUGCGUAGGAAAAGUUUCUCUCUUUAAAUUCAGUGAUGUCUGCUGCCAUUUGCUGGUUAAUAGACAAACAGCAGGUUUCAGAACCGGCUUGGAGUGUGUUUACAGAACAAAUAUUUGAGGACUUGUUCGUAGACCUUCUGCCUUGUGGUUGGCAGCUUCAGUUGUGAUAAACGGCAAAUGUUAUAUUCCCCGAGCAAACUGAACAGGGUUUCUCUCCGUGCAGCGUUUCCCUGACUGAAUGUGGGCAUUCGUAAGAAAGCUUCAGGAUAUUUAGCCAACAUCUGGGUGUUUCCUUCUUGAACCUGUGGUGCUCGCGGUGCGCGUGCAGGCUGUGGGUGGAUCAAACUGUUACUGUCUUUAUUAGCUCUAUAAAGUUUGUAUAGCUCAGUAUUGCUGUGUUGGGAAGACACACGUGUUCAUUUAGUAAAGUUUUGGUCACAUGAUGCCAUUGCC